CUAUUAAACAAAACAACGAACGAGGAAGAGAGAGAGAGAGAGAGAGAGAAAUAUAGUUCUAGUCACGAUGCGGGAGAUAAUACCGGAUUUUCUUGAAGAGUGUGAAUUCGUCGACACUACACUAGCCGGAGAUGAUCUUUUUGCCAUCUUAGAGAGUCUUGAAGGCGCUGGAGAGAUAUCUCCGACAGCUGCAUCUACACCUAAAGAUGGAACCACAAGUUCCAAGGAGUUAGUUAAGGACCAAGAUUAUGAAAACUCAUUUCCUAAGAGGAAGAAGCAAAGACUAGAAACCGGGAAAGAUGAAGACGAAGAAGAAGAAGACGCAGAAGGCGAAGGAGAAGGAGAAGAAGAUGGUAAGCAAGAUGGGCAACAAAAGAUGUCUCAUGUAACCGUGGAACGUAACCGGAGAAAGCAAAUGAACGAGCACUUGACUGUCUUACGUUCUCUUAUGCCUUGUUUCUACGUCAAACGGGGGGACCAAGCAUCCAUCAUAGGAGGAGUUGUGGAGUACAUAAGCGAGUUACAACAAGUUCUUCAAUCUUUAGAAGCCAAGAAACAACGUAAAACAUAUGCCGAAGUCCUAAGCCCGAGACUUGUCCCCAGCCCUCGUCCUUCACCGCCUGUUCUUAGCCCGCGAAAACCACCUCUUAGUCCGCGCAUUAACCACCACCAGAUCCCCCACCACCUCCUUCUUCCUCCCAUAAGCCCACGAACCCCUCAGCCCACAAGCCCAUACCGGGCCAUUCCACCUCCACUACCACUCAUCCCACAGCCUCCACUUCGUUCUUAUAGCUCACUGGCUAGUUGCAGCAGCAUAGGAGACCCGCCUCCAUACUCUCCAGCUUCAUCUUCCUCCUCUCCUUCAGUCAGUAGUAACCAUGAGAGUAGUGUUAUUAAUGAGCUUGUAGCUAACUCAAAGUCGGCUUUGGCUGACGUGGAAGUGAAGUUCUCAGGAGCUAACGUGCUACUUAAAACGGUGUCGCAUAAGAUCCCGGGACAAGUUACGAAGAUAAUUGCUACUCUUGAAGAUUUGGCUCUAGAGAUUCUUCAAGUUAAUAUUAACACCGUCGACGAAACCAUGCUUAAUUCUUUCACCAUCAAGAUUGGAAUAGAGUGCCAACUAAGUGCAGAAGAACUGGCCCAACAAAUUCAGCAAACGUUCUGCCAAUAAAAGAAGGAUUUAAUACAUCUUUCGUAUAAACCCUAACGAGAGACCAGUACGUACUCACUUUGUCUCCUUAUUUAUCCUUUUUAGUUAUCUUCAAACUUUUCUAAAGUGAUACAUGGAGUUACUUUUGAAUUAAAAUGUUAUUUAAAAUCUUCGAUGAAUAUUACUAAUAUAGGUAUAAGUGAUGAGUAUUUAAAAUUUAUCAGCUGAUCAUAUAAUAGCUUUGUUACGUGUAAUUUUUUUUUAAUGUUUUAGAGUAGCUAGUCGUACUCCUACUAUGUAACUUCAUUUUUGUUAUUACAUCGAGCAUUGUUGCUGUAAUUUCAUAUGAAUGAACAAACAGUGUAUGAGUUUCUCAUGAAUAAAAAUUAA